AGGCUCUUUACUGGUGAAAACCAGUAUGUUGAAAGAUGCUCAUUAGACGGCCUAGCUUUCACCUGGGUCAGGCAGUGUUUGAGAGGAGGAUAGACUCGGGUAGUCAACUGAUGGGGGAAAAAAGCCUGUGUAUUUACCAGCUAUAGUUUAACUAAUGAAAACAGGUGGCCCUCUUCAUUCAGACAAACGAGGUUAGAGCGGGAGUUUGAAACAAGAUGAAGAUUGUAUUGGUCGUGGCUCUCGUCCUGCUGUUUGUCUGGCUUCAGAAUGCCCACAGGUCUGACGUCAACCAACAAGGAAGUGUUUGUGAUCAGGCUCUUCCUCUGGCCAUUUCCAGGCUCCUCAUCUCCCCUCUCUCGGUCUACUCCUGGCUGGUCUCUGUGAUGGUUAAACUCCUCUUCUCCCCUCUCUCUGUCUACUCCUGGCUGGUCUCUGUGAUGGUUAAACUCCUCUUCUCCUCUCUGACCCUCAUCUCCUCCUCCCUGUAUUAUACUGUCCUGCUCCUGCUUGCCGGGCCCUGCUGUAUCGCCACCUUGUCUCUGUCUGUGCUAGUGUCCUGUCUCCGUGUAGUUAUCUAUAUGGUUCACCUAGUGUUGGUGCUCUGUGCUCUGGCAGUGCUCGCCAUCAUGACUCCACACAAAAUGGCCGACGUGAACGGACCCAAAAUGGCCGACGUGAACGGAAACUGCAGCUCCGAGACUCGGACAGAUCUGGGAUCAGUGUUGGGUCGUAAAGGCUUCACAGCGAGGCCGAGGGCAUCGUGUUAAGUCUGAAAUACAGUUGAUCAGUGUUUUUAUUUGUUAAAGAAUAAACUCCCUUCCUUUUGUAUCCUUUA